UUUUGGCCAAAUAGUUUUUUUGUUAUUGAUUUUGGGAGAUUGUCAUGCAUGUGUGUAUUUCAUGGUAAUAAACAAUUUUCAUCAAUAGUUAAUUAGCUAUAAAUCAAGAAUGGACAGUUAUGUUAGAUUUGUAGCUAUACAAGUUUCAAGCUAGUUGCAAUUAGGAAUGGUAUCUCCUUCAUAAAAAAAUGAUAGACCUAUUGGGAAGGAAGUCUCAACUACCACAAAAGAAGAAGAAACUCAAAGAAGAAGAAGAACAUGGCCAAUACCUUCAAGGAAAUAACAACAGCAGCAAAGUCAUCUUUCUAUUUCUUGAUUUUUAGCUUCCAAUAUAUUCUCUCUUCUCAAGUCUCAUCUUCAAAUAAACAUUCACUCACAAAUCUCAAUAAUGGAAACUCCAAAUAGGUGUAAAUUUACAGUGAUCUUCUCCGUCAUUAUCUCCCUCACACUUGCCUUAGUUUCAUGCUUAUUAUGUAUAGCCUCUGAGAUUAAGAGGAACAAGAAGGAGGAUCUUAGAUUCAAUGGUAAACAAUGUUACUUACCAUCAAGCCAAGCAUUUGGAUUGGGGAUUGCAGCUUUGGUUUGUUUAAGUUUGGCUCAGAUCAUUGGCAACUGUGUAUUGUUCAAGAAUUAUUGUUCAGGAGGGAAAAGAAACUCACAUUAUAAGAUAACACUCAUUGCAAUGGUUCUGCUUUUGAUCUCUUGGCUUAGCUUUGGGAUUGCAAUGAUCUUAUUGAUAACUGCCACAAGCAUGAGUAAGAGGCAGCCUUAUAGGAUAGGUUGGUUGAAUGGUGAAUGCUACCUAGUCAAAAGGGGUGUUUAUGCCGGCUCAACCAUAUUGAUCCUAGUAACCGUAGGUUCGGUAAUUGGUUCGGUUUUGUUAACAAUAAAGGCCAAUCAAACAGAACAAGAUCGCAAAAUACAUGCACAAACAGGGUGAGGAAGAAUUGAUCAUCCAAUUAUUAUACUUAGAAAGAUGCGUUACAAGUUGCUGAGGUAAAAAUCCAAGUUUACAUUCCAAAGACAUGCUUCCAAAGAAAUACUAAUAUUAUAAUAAUAGUUGUUAUUCAUUAAAAAGGGUUGCCACAUCCAAUUAAGAUGAGUUAACAUGCUUGUACAAUGUCCUAAGGAAUAACUUUAUUUUUCUUCUUCUUACACUAAAGAGAAACUUAAUAUGUACACAUUCUCUUUGAGGUGGCCAUUGCCUCGUGUAGGAACCCAUUUAGGAUACCAUCUGCAUAGAUAGAUAAUUGGUUUGUAUAUCUUAUGUAUUUAUAUUCACCUGCUUAGUUGCAUUCAUUAUUGUUUUGUUUAAUAAAAUUGUACUUUACAAAUAA